CUCCGGGACCGGGACUCCGCCUCCGCGCUGAGGAGCCGCCGCGAGCGGGUGGGCAUGGGGCUGCCCCCGCACUGAGCCCCCCGGCCAUGGCAGCCCCCCGGGCCCCCCAGGCGCUGCUGGCGCUGGUGCUGGCGCUGAGCAGGGUGCAUGGGGCCGGCGCCGGCGACUGCAAGGGGCAGCGGCGGGUGCUGCGCGGCCUCACCGGCUAUGUCAGCGACGGCCCCGGCAACUACUCCGUCAACGGCAACUGCGAGUGGCUCAUCGAAGCGCCCAGCCCGCGGCACCGCGUGCUCCUCACGUUCACCUUCAUGGACACGGAGUGCACCUAUGACUACCUCUUCGUCUACGACGGGGACUCCCCCCGCAGUCCCCUGCUCGCCAGCCUCAGUGGCAGCACCCUCCCCGCCCCCCUCGAGGCCACCUCGGGCAAGAUGCUGCUGCACCUCUUCAGCGACGCCAACUACAACCUGCUGGGCUUCAACGCGACCUACAGCGUCUCACUGUGCCCACGGGGCUGCUCAGGGCGGGGGGCCUGUGACCCCCAGGGCCACUGCUCCUGCCAGCCUGGCUGGGGGGGGCCUGCCUGCGCCCAGCCCCACUGCACAACCUAUUGCCAGGCCCAUGGCACCUGCAACCAGGCCACGGGGCGCUGUGAGUGCCAGCCCGGCUUCGUGGGCCAGGCCUGCGACCUGGCACUGGGCGAGAACCAGGGCGGCGGGCGCUGGUACAACGUCAGUGACGGGGACCCCAGCUUCCGCCCCCGUGCUGCUGCCGCCGGAGCUUUCCUGCCCCACAGCGGAGCUCUCUACAUCUUCGGGGGGCUGGACCUCAACACGGCGCUGGGUGACCUCGUUGUCUACAACUUCAGCACCAACCUCUGGGCCCGGCUGGAGCUGAGCCCCUGCCCGGCGCCGCGGCACUCGCACGUGGCCGUACGCUGGCGCGAUGCCCUGGUGCUCAGCGGCGGCGAGCUGCCCGACGGGGCACUGGCCCGCGAUGUCUGGCUCUUCGCCCCCAGCCCGGGGCGCUGGCGGGAGCUGGAGCCCCCCAACGGCACCGGCGCUGGGGCCCGGCCUCCCGGGCUGGCUGCCCACGCCGCCGCCAUCGUUGACGACUGGCUCUAUGUCUUCGGAGGCCGCACGGCGGAGGACGUCUUCUCCUCGCAGCUCUUCCGCUUCAACCUGGAGACGUGGCGGUGGGAGGUGGUGGUGCCCUGGGGGGGGAAGCCCCCCGCGGCCGCUGGCCACUCCAUGGUCUUUCACGCCCCAUCCCGCACCCUCGUGGUCUAUGGGGGGCACCGGCCCUCCACGGCACGGUUCAGCAUGCGGGUGAACACCACCGACCUCUUCCACGUGGACCUGCACCACUGGACCACGCUGCGGGCCCGGGACGGCGCACGGGGCCCGCGGGAGCGCGCCUUCCACAGCGCCACCAUCGUUGGGGACUACAUGGUGGUCUAUGGAGGGAACGUGCACAUCCACUACCACGAGGAGAAGUGCUAUGAGGACGAGAUCUUCUUCUACCACCUUGGCUGCCACCAGUGGGUACCCAGCGCCGAGCUGGCCCAUGGGCUGCCCCACGAGCGGGGGUCCCGGGGUUCCCCGGGGCAGGGCCGCUACGCCCACGUGGCUGCGGUGCUGCAGGGCAGCGUGCUGCUGGUGGCCGGCGGCUUCAGUGGGGCCCCCCGCGCCAACCUCCUCGCCUACAAGGUGCCGGCCUUCGUCUUCCAGGUGCCGGCCCAGAACUACCACCUUGACUACUGCUCGCUCUACGCCGAGAAGGGCACCUGCACCAAGGACCCGCAGUGCGCCUGGUGCCUGGGCAGGUGCCAGAGCCCCGCGCCCCACAGCAGCUGCCCCAGCAGCAGCUGCCUGGGCCUGGCCCGUCUCCUGGUGGACUGUGAGUCGUGCCUGGCGUUCGGGGGGGCGGCAGGGGGCUCCCCCCGUGCCCCCAGCCCCUUUGGCUGGUGUGUGCAGAAUGACACCUGCGUGCCUGUGGCUGAGCAGAGCCGCUGCCGCGUGGGGCAGAUUUCGGGCACCUACGGUUGGUGGGGGCCGCGGCCCAUCUUCCUGACGGCCCUGGAGCACUGCCGCACUGCCAACUUCCUGCCCGGCCUCCACCUCGUCACCUACCAGCAGCCCCGCAACGACUCCCAGCCCGACAAGGUGUCCAUCGUGCGCAGCACCACCAUCACGCUGAGCCCCAGCGCAGAGACCGACGUCUCCCUUGUCUACCGGGGCUUCAUCUACCCGCUGCUGGGGCCCCCCCCGGCCGCUGGCCCCGGCCCCAGCAUCUGGGCCCGCAUCCAGCGCCUCUACGUCGUCGCCCGCCUCGGCCGCCACCCCAACUCCCCUGAGCUGGAGGAGGUGGGACGCUGGGCCGUGCAGCAAGAGCGGGAGACGCGGCCCCUGCAGCGCCCGCGCCCCGAGCGGCUCUUCGCAGCCCCUGAGCGGGGCAACAAGUACGCAGUGCAGGUGGAGGGGCACUUCAACAGCUCCGGCAGCGGGCAGAGCAGCGAGCUCACCCUCAUCUGGGACCGCACCGGCGUGCCAGGGGGCAGUGAGAUCUCCUUCUUCUUCCUGGAGCCGUUCCGGUCGUCGCCGAGCCGCUGCCCCUCGUACCCAUCAUGCCUGGCCUGCCUGGCCGACCAGGGCUGCGGCUGGUGCCCGCCCAGCGCCUCCUGCCACGGGCGCCUGCCGCCACCGGGGCGCCCGGGGCCCUGCGCCGCCGGCACCCACCGCCUCGUGCUCUCACCCGCCAACUGCGUCCUCUGCGAUGACUACCGCGACUGCCAUGCCUGCGCCGCCGACCCAUUCUGCGAGUGGCAGGUGAACACCAGCAAGAAGGGAGACUUCGUAUGCAGCCGCCGGGGCCGGCAGCCGGGGGCCGUCCGCACCCCCCAGCACUGCCCCAGCCUCUGCAACCAGCGCCGGUCCUGCUCCGAGUGCCUCUCCAACUCGAGCCAGUGCGCCUGGUGCCAGUCCACCCGUAGCUGCUUCUUCUUUGCUGCCUACCUGGCCAAGUACCCGUACGGGGACUGCAGGGGCUGGUACGACAGCGUCCACUCAGUGCCCCAGUGCCUGGACUGCUCCCGUUUCAACACGUGCCGCGAGUGUCUGCAGAACUUCGAGUGCGGCUGGUGCGGCAACGCCGACAACCCCAUGCUGGGCAGGUGCCUGGAAGGGGACUUCUCGGGGCUGAGCGGCUACGCCAACUGCUCGGCGGCACUGGGGGAGGCGCCCGGGGGGCAGCCGGCGCUGUGGGCCUACGCGCAGUGCCCCGACGUGGACGAGUGCCGCCUGGGCAUGGCCGCCUGCCACCCCUUCGCUGCCUGCCACAACACGCCGCAGGCCUUUGAGUGCCGCUGCCGCCGGGGCUACGCUGGUGACGGCGUCACCCAUUGCAACCGCACGUGCUACGAGGACUGUGGCCAUGGCUACUGCAGCGGGGCCCCCAACUACACCUGCAUGUGCCACCUGGGCUGGACCUCGGCGCCAGCCAAUGCCUCCGGGGCCGGCAGCGGGGCCGCCCUGUGCUCCGUGGACUGCGGCUGCAACUUCCACAGCAGCUGCGAGACGGCGGGACCCGGCGUCUGUGACAGCUGCCAGAACUGGACGCAUGGGGAGCGCUGCGAGCUGUGCCGCCCCGGCAGCUUCGGUGACGCCACGCAGCCCGGCGGGUGCCGUGAGUGCCGCUGCCACGGCCACGGGCUGCCCCAGCGCGGCUACUGCCACGGGGCCACCGGCGCCUGCUACUGUGCCCCCCCCACCGAGGGGCCCCACUGCGAGCGCUGCGCCCCCGGAUACUAUGGGGACCCCAGGGAUGGGGGCAUCUGCUACCGGGAGUGUGGGGGCCGCUCACUGCUGGCCAACCUGUCGUCAUCAGUGGCCCUGGGCUCGCGGCGGGCUGGGGGGGGCCCGCCGGCACCGGGGGGCCUCUCCUACUGCGUGUGGGUGCUCUCAGCCACCGGCAGCCUGCAGCCGUGCCCCGCCGGGCAGCCCUGCCCCACCAUCAGCCUCACUGUGCAGCCCGACCUGCACACCCCCUGCAUGCACAGCUACGCCUACGCCUUCGACGGGGUCCCGGCCUUCCUGGACAGCGGCGUGGUGCAGGCGGACCGAACACUGCUGGGCGCCUUUUGCGGGCACGGCCGCCCCGAGCCCCUCACCGUGGAGGCCCUCUCAGGCGUGCUGGUGAUCUACUACGAGGCCAACGGCAGUGAGCCCACAGGCUUCAACGCCACGGUGGCAGUGCGGAGCUGUGGGGCCGGCUGCCUCCCAGGCCAGGAAUGCCGGGGGGGCCGCUGUGCCUGCCGGGGGGGCUAUGCUGGGCCUGAGUGCCGCUGGCGCCUCUGUCCCGGCGACUGCAGCGCCCAUGCCGGCCAGGGGCACUGCAACACAAGCCUGGGCCUCUGCGUGUGCAGCAAGGGCUUCGCUGGGGCCGACUGCUCCGUCCCGCUGGCUCCCGGCAGCAUCGUCUGGGAGACCCUUAUCGACAGCCAGCUGACGGCUGACACAGCCAGCCGCUUCCUGCACCGCCUGGGCCACACCAUGGUGGAGGGGCCCGACGCCACGCUCUGGAUGUUCGGGGGCUUGUCGCUGCGCCAGGGGCUGCUGGGCAACGUCUACCGGUACUCGAUCCCGGAGCGGCGCUGGACCCAGAUGCUGGCGGGGACGGAGGACGGGGGCCCUGGCCCCACGCCCCGCUACUUCCACGCCGCUGCCUACCUGCCCUCCCGCAAGGCCAUGGUGGUGCUGGGGGGACUGACGGCCGGCGGCGUGGCCAGCGACGCCUGGGUGCUCAACCUCACCACACUGCAGUGGCGGCAGGAGCAGGACCAGCUACUGCCCGCGGUGGCCGGCCACACGCUGACCCCCCGGCGCGGGACCUCGCUGCUCCUCAUCGGCGGUUACUCGCCUGAAAAUGGCUUCAACAAGAAACUGCUUGAAUACCGGGUUGACUCGGAGACCUGGGAGGCUGGGCAGCAGGCCGGGACCCCCCCCACAGGUCUCUAUGGCCACUCAGCCGUGUACCACGAGGACACAGAUGCCAUCUACGUGUUCGGGGGGCACCGCUUCCAUGUGGAGACGGUCUCGGCCUCCCCCGAGCUCUACAGCCUCUACUACCCCAACCUCACCUGGAGCCUGCUCGCCCCCUCCCAGGGCCACAAGCCCCAGCCCCACUUCUUCCACGCGGCGGCGGUGCUGGGGGACGUGAUGGUGGUGAUCGGGGGCCGCACGGACACCCGCGACUUCAGCAACCACCUGCUGCUCUACCAGCUGCGCUGCAAUGCCUGGCUGCUGCCCCCCCACACUGGCCCCGUGGUGGUGGGUGAGCCCAUGAACGGGUCGCUGGGCCACGCGGCGGCGGUGGCCGGCAACCGCGUCUACGUCUCCGGGGGCUUUGCCGGGGUGGCCCUGGGGCGGCUGGCGGCCCUGGAGCUGCCCCCAGACCCCUGUCUGGUGCUGCACGGCCCCGACGCCUGCAACCGCUCUGACGCCGGCUGCACCUGGUGCCGGGGGGGCUGCAUCUCCGCUGACGCUGCCCAGAGGCUGGGCUGCGCCCCAGGGCCAGCCGCGUGCUCCCCGACGCCCCGCUCGCCCGAGGACUGCCGGCGCCUGCGGACCUGCAGCGAGUGCCUGGCCCAGCACCCGCAGGCCCUGCGGCACGGCGCCCCGGCCCUGCCCCAGUGCAAGUGGUGCACGAACUGCCCCGAGGGCGCCUGCAUCGGCAGCACCGGCAGCUGCACCUCGGAGAACGACUGCCGCAUCAACCAGCGGGAGAUCUUUGCAGCCAGCAACUGCUCCGAGGUGUCGUGCGAGGCCUCCGACUGCAGCAAGUGCACUGCCUCCGGCAAGUGCAUGUGGACCCGGCAGUUCAAGCGCACUGGCGAGACGCGGCGCAUCCUCAGCGUGCAGCCCACCUACGACUGGACUUGCUUCAGCCACUCGCUGCUGAACGUGUCGCCGAUGCCGGUGGAGUCGUCGCCGCCGCUGGCCUGCCCCACGCCGUGCCACAACCACAGCUCCUGCCAGCUCUGCCUGGGCUCCAAGGGGGCUGACGGCGGCUGGCAGCACUGCGUCUGGAGCGUCAGCCUGCAGCAGUGCAUGAGCCCUAGCUUCGUGCCGCUGCGCUGUGCGGCCGGGGCCUGUGGGCGGCUGCUGCGCGGCGCCGAGAGCUGCAGCCCCGGCUGCGCGGGGGCCCCGCAAUGCGCCCACUGCCUGCGCCGGCCCCGCUGCGGCUGGUGCGCCCGCCGUGGCCACAACGGCAGCGGCCGCUGCCUCGAGGGGGGACUCCGCGGCCCCCGCCACGGCCUGGCACAGUCGUGCGGGGCGGACGCCGAGUGGGCUUUUCUGGCAUGCCCCCCUGAGAACGAGUGCCUCAACGGGCACCACGACUGCAACGAGACGCAGAACUGCAGUGACCUGCCGCACGGCUACCGCUGCACCUGCAAGAGCGGCUACACUCUGGACAACGGCACGGGGCUGUGCCGGCCGGUGUGUGAGCAGGGCUGUGUCAAUGGCACCUGUGUGGAGCCCAACCGCUGCCGCUGCCACUUCGGCUACGUGGGGCCCAACUGCUCGGUGGAGUGCCAGUGCAACAAGCACAGCGAGUGCCUGGGCGUGGGUGCCCAGGACCACUGCCUGCAGUGCUUCAACAACACCAAGGGGCCACAUUGCGAGAAGUGCCGGCCGCUCUUCGUGGGCUCGGCGCUGGACGGCGGCGCCUGCCGGCCCUGCCGCAGCUUCUGCCGCGACAACGCCGCCGUCUGCCUCGCACGCGACGAGUACGAGCGGGCCCGGCGCGACCCUGCGCGCUUCCCCCUGGAGCCCGCCCUGAUCCCGAGCUGGGUGUCGGAGGGGCCGAGCGAGGAGGCCGCCGUCUGCGUCAACUGCCAGAACAACAGCUUCGGCGAGCGCUGCGACGGCUGCCUGCACGGCUACUUCCUGCUCGAGGGCCGCUGCACCAGGUGCCAGUGCAAUGGGCAUGCAGACACGUGCAAUGAGCUGGAUGGCACCGGCUGCCCAUGCCAGAACAACACGGAGACAGGCAGCUGCCAGAACAACGCGCAGCUCGACAAGAAGGACUGCUACAAGCAGCAGUGCGCCAAGUGCCGCGACUCCUUCCACGGGCACCCGGUGGGUGGGCAGCAGUGCUACCGGCUCAUCGCAGUGGAGCAGGAAUACUGCCUGGACCCCACGUCGCAGAGCAACUGCUUCCACCAGCCGCAGCUGCAGCACCUGGGCCUGGGCCGCACUGUCCUCUUCGGCGUCCAGCCCAAGUUCACCAACGUCGACAUCCGCAUCACACUGGAUGUCACCUUCGGCGGCGUCGACCUCUUCGUCUCCACUGCCUACGACACGUUUGCCGUGGACGUGGACCCAGCCACGGGGCGCCACACGGUGCGGCUGCAGCCGGCAGCGGCAGGCGCCAACGGCACGCGGCUGCGGGAGGAAUGGGCCCGGGGGCUGGUGACCUACGUGACGGUGCGGGAGGCGGCGGCGGCGCUGGUGGUGCGCGGUGUGCGCGACCGCCUGGUGCUCACCUACCCACACGAGCUGCACGCCCUCAAGUCGAGCCGCUUCUACCUGCUGCUGCUGGGGGUGGGCGCCGGCGACAACGCCAGUGCCUCGCAGGGGCUGCUCUUCUUCCGCCAGGACCAGGCGCACAUCGACCUCUUCGUCUUCUUCUCCGUCUUCUUCUCCUGCUUCUUCCUCUUCCUCUCGCUCUGCGUGCUGCUCUGGAAGGCCAAGCAGUUCCUCGACGCCCGCCACGAGCAGCGCCGGCACCUGCAGGAGAUGACCAAGAUGGCCAGCCGCCCCUUCGCCAAGGUGACCGUGUGCUUUGAGGGGCUGCCGGCGGGGGGGCCACCGGCGGCGGGGCCGCGGGGCCGCCGGGCACCUGCCGAGGCGCUCCGCUCCCGGCGCCCAGAGCCACCUGCCUUCCGCCUGGGGCCAGUGACGCUGGAGCCCACAGAGGAUGGGCUGGCUGGGGUGGCUACGCUGCUGCUGCAGCUGCCGGGGGGACCGCGGGGCCCCCACCGCGCCGCACUGGGCUCAGCCCUCGUGGCCCUGCGCCACAACCUGCAGGACUACUGGGGGGGUGGCGGGGGGGGCAGUGGCACCGGGGGGGCGGCACCGCGCAAGCCGGGGGCGCCGGGCCACGACCUCACCUCCAUGUCGCUCUGA